AUCCCACAGGUUGUUCAAGGUUUAAGUUGUGUCCAUAACACCAGAGCUUGCCUCCCUUCUGCACAAGUUUUGGCAGCAUCUCUUUUCUCAUCCAGGGGUGUGACAGAACCAUUGCUCUAGGAGACACUUGGCUUUCUAAUUGGGAGAGCAGUCUGUUCCAAAAGAUGUCUUUGAACCAGUACAUUUUUGACCAAACAGGCUUAAAGUAGUGUUGUUACUUAGGUCUCUUCCACUACCUUUGUAUAUACGUGCAAUAAUGGAGGUUUUCAGGGUUGGCUGGUGGCUUUUGUUUCCAUUCCUUUGCCAAACAUUACCCAGUGAUGUUGCAGAGAGAGAGAGAGAAUUUGCCACAGUAGACCAGAAGAGACAUGUGCUGUCAGCAGAAGAGGUCCACGCUGUUCAGCAUGGGAAGAGUCACAGUGAGGGGUCAGCCUGUGAUGUCAGGGCAGGGGCAAGCUGGGGCAACCUGGAGACUCAUGGACUUCUGAGACAGUAUGAGACUGGUUUUCUGGAUUCAGUUAAACAAGAUUUAUAUGAUCAUCAAGCAUUGUUUGGGGUGUGCCCAGGCGAUACGCAUUCUGAGAACAUGGUAGCUAUGACAAAACUUGCACGAUUUAUCACAGAACCUCAAGGGAAGCAGUUUGUGUUCCUGCAUCUAGAGAAAGUGGAGUGGGAGAGUGGGGCCAGCAUGCAGUUCCAUGGUACUGUGCAGCAACAUGUCUCCCCCCUCCUUCAGCACCUGCACCUACUCCUAGCUGUCUUUUAUCCAGAUACACAGAUACCCACUCCAGCAUCCAAGGUCAUAAUCUCAGGGGAAGCUAUCACACAAGGACAGGUCGUCUGCUUGUCAUCGGAGACCCGCUAUCUUGUCGUCAGACUGAGUGGGGCCGUUAGGACCAUUGAGACAGGAGACUUGCGACUCCAUGCGUCAUUUCAUAUGAAACACUAUUCCAAUGGACUUGCUCUUUCAACUGCAGAAGCUGCCAGGCACCUAUUUACUAUGGAUAAAAAGUGCUUCACUAAGAUCACACCAGUCCUAAUUAUGGUUGUAGGCCACAGUGUCCAGACUGGAGGUUAUCCCCCCAUCUUACAACCCGAUCAGAAUAUAUCAGUGUCCAGUGUUCAAGACCUCCAAGCUAUGGUUACUUACAAGAAGAAGGAUGAGUUUCUGGAAACCCUGUCCCAUUUGUCGACACUUCUGAUGACUUCUCAUGCUAAAGCAUCUUCCACUGUCCGUCUACCCCUUGAUCCUAAUGAUGAAAGUGCUGGAGACCUUCGCCCCCAACUUUUAAAUGUUACAGAAUUGGAGGCUUUGGAAUGGAUGAUAGAGUCUCAAGAGCCCCUAGUUUUCCUGUUUUUACCAGGAAGCAAAAGCCUACUAGCCCAUAGAAUUCAAGGAAGAUUGAAUGGAACAUUGCUACAGAGGAUCACAGAAAAGACGCAAGAGGUACUGGAAGACAUGAAAGAGGUUUUUUCAACUGCUGAUCAUGUCCAAGUCCUGAAAAAACUCUUACGUUCAUGUCAUGGUCAUGUGAAUGUUAGCUUUGUGCCCAUGGAAGAGGAGAAAACUCUGCAGUUGGUAGAAAAUCAGCAUAGGAAACUGCAUUCUCUGAUGCUUCUUAAAACUUUACAAACGAUUCAUUCUAAUUGGCAAGACCGCAAGAAGCUAUCCCGACAGAACCGGGGAGCAGGCCUUAAACCUCACUGCCGCCUUCAAGAGCUAACCAUCAACUUGAAGCCACAUCCAGAGUAUAAGGACAUACAUUUCCCAGAGGAAAUCAAUAUCAACAACUGUGUGGGACCUUGUCGCUUCCCGCAGACCACUCAAAAUGACUAUCAGGCCCAUGUUAUUUUGCUCAUCCAGUUGCAGGAAAGAAGACAGUCUGGUCUUGACCGUCCUCCUUGCUGUGUCCCUGUUCGAUAUCAAGAACAAUGGCUUAUGGUGGCACAUGAAAAUGGUAUUAAGCUUCACCUUUAUCCCAACAUGGUUGCCAAAGAGUGUGGCUGCAGAUAGGCGUUUAGGUAGUUAUAUCACAUUAAGUGACACUAAAUAUUAUCUUUAAAGGCUGAAGAUCUAAUGUUUGAGACUACAAACAUGCUAUCUCCAAGGACGUGCCAGACCAAUGCCGAGGCACUCAGACAAGUGGUUCUUUACUAUGUAGAACGCUACCUUAAUAUAAUAUACUCCUCACAACACUCCUCCUGUACAGCAUAUAGUUUGUAGCUAACAGAGUACUUAGGGGGAGAUGUAUCAAACUUUCUAAAGAGGACAAGUAGAGAAGUUGCCCAUAGCAACCAGCUUCUAGCUAUCAUUUCUCAAGUACAGGCUAUAAAAUGGAAGCUAAAAGCUGAUUGGUUGAUAUGGGAAAGUUAUCCAUCUGCCCUCUUUAGAAGGCUUGAGACAUCUUACUUAGGAGGAGAUGUAUCAAACCUUAGAGAUGUAAAGUACCAACCAAUCUGCUCCUAGCUGUCAUUUUACAAACACUGCCUGUAAUGUGGCAGUAAGGAGCUGAUUGGCUGGUACUUUAUUUUUCUCCAAGCUUUGCUAAAUCUGCCUCAUAGAAAGUCUUUUUAAAAGACGUCUACUGAAGAGGACUGGACAGAUGGUAAUACAAGGUGAGAGCAGCAGCAUAUAUGCUCCUUCCAGCUCCUGGAUUCCAGUAAGGAAUAGAGAGUUUGGUUGGAGGCCUAUUUGCCUAAUGUAUACAAACAGUUUCAUUGUUGUUGUAAAUCCUAUCUAUAUCUCCUUUAUUUAUGUUUCUGCUAGCUUAAGCAAACUUUUUAUAUGUAAUGCUGGGUACACACUAGACGACGGGCAAACAAUGCAAUGUCAGCGAUUUCUCUUGAACUCCUAGACAAACAAUAUAGUGCAUAAACACUGUGCAGCAGAGCUGGAUUAAGGCUUCGGGGAGCCCGGGGUACUUAAGACAGUGGGGCCCUAAAAUCUAAAAUUAAAAUCAUAACGUCUUCAAUCACUACAAAGAAAAUUACAAUGAGGUGGUAAAUUUGAAAGAAUCUUUCAGAUAGGGAGCACACACACACACACACACACACACACACACAUAUAUAUAUAUAUAUAUAUAUAUAUAUAUAAUAUUCUUUAUAUGUAUUUUAUCUAUAAAUAUAUAUAUAUAUAUUUAUACACACACACACACACACACACACACACACACACACACACAUAUAUAUAUAUAUAUAUAUAUAUAUAUAUAUACAUAGUUACACACAUACACCGUUUAUAUAUAUAUAUAUAUAUAUAUAUAUAUAUGUAUGUAUGUAUGUAUGUAUGUAUGUAUGUAUGUAUGUGUGUGUGUGCUAACCCAGAACCUAAUACAGCUAGCCCUUCUGUGUUUUUUACUCUGCUGCUCGUAGGCUCUAAUUUAUAAUAGGGGUGAUGGCUUGGGGCAGGCUGGCUCCACACGCUGUCCUCCUUGUUUCCUGCAGCCUGCGCGCCAAGCCGAUGACUGAGCCGCAGGCUGCUGCUCCACAGAUUAUUAGACAUCUGAGCCGUUUCUCAGCUGUCCUUCCUGUACACACUCCCUGCGUGCGGCGCCAGCCUUUUAAUGCAGCGGGGAGCCGUGAGCCGCCAGGGAACAGUCAAAGCUCAGCUGCCCUGCAUGUGGAGCCGCCGCGCCAGCUCCAGGGAGCCAGGAGCGCAGCACCACAGAUCGGACUAGAGAUCCUAUCUGUGGCGGCGCGGGCGCUUUUAAAAGGAGGCCCUCCUCUUAAUCCGGCUCUGCUGUGCAGUCUUUCGUGUGUUGUUUGGUAGUUUGGUCCUUAACGAUAUAUCAGGUAUAUAUGUAGGUAGUGCAUACACACUGCACAAUUUGCUAAACAUCAUUAACAACAUCCUCAGAUUGAGCAACAUGUAGGGCCAGCCAAAAGACACAAUGAACGACUCACGGGAGUGCACAAUACUGCAUGCACACUGGACGAUAACUACAAAUUGUCCAAAAAAAUCGUCUAGUGUUUACUCAGCUUAAGACUUGGAGGUUGAUUUCCACGACAGCUUUGUAUAAUAAAUAAAUAAAUAAAUAUUUAACAGACAA